UAUUAGCCUCGCCUACUGGAAUCAAAGCUCCGCUCGCGAGCUGGAUGCUGACAGGCGCGCGGUGCGGUCAUCAUGCAAAGGUUACGUUGGAUCCGUUUCAAGAAGCCGCUCCUCCGCAGGACCCGCACGGGGUGACAAAAUGCCAGGCGUCUAGCAGUGACACAAAGACGGACGAGCCCUCGGAUUCUUAGCCUGUUCGUUUGGCUGCUGCAGGUGCCAAACAAUGAACGAGAGUUUGGGAUUUCCGCUAACGGCAGUAGUGUGUGCGCUGGCUCCUCUCGGCGGUAAAGUGGCUUCAUGAGUGUCCAAAGUAACAGUGGAAGUGGUGGUGGAAGUUUGGAGGCGACGCCAUCUUGGUCGCAGCUCUCCUCGUCCCCAACGGUUUCUCAACAACACAUAACGGCGACCGCAAAGAGCAAGGAAGGUACACCAGAGGCCCCAUGGAGGAGCUGCACAGCCUGGACCCCAGGAGACAGGAGCUGCUGGAGGCCAGGUUUACAGGAGCUGUCAGCGGCAACACCGUAGGCAGCACUGGGAGCACUAGUGGAGGUGCUAAGGGUCUGGCCAAUGACUCUUCAAACCAUAGCUAUGGAAGUUUGGGCUCAUCCAGCGACAAGGAGUCUGAGAACUCUGAUUUGAAAAGAGGAGGCUCUCCUGCCUACUCAACCCCGGAGAAGAAGCACUCCGAAUCGUCCAGGGGGAGGAAGAGGAAAGCUGAUACCUAUUCUGAGAGCAGUCAAGGGAAGACUCCCACACGCGGACCCAAGAUCAUUGAUUAUUUUGACUUCCAGGGUGGAAAUGGAUCAAGUCCAGUUCGAGGUCUCCCGUCCGUCCGCCGAUCUCCACAGAGCUCCCACUCUGCUCCGAGUUCUAUCGUCCGACAGAAUAGCUCCUCUCCCACCAGUCUUUGCUUUGUGGAACACGGUCUUAAAGCGUCUUUAAGCAGAUGUGUCCAGACUGAGCUGACAGGCCUGAAACUCGCUGCCCUGGAGAGCAACAAGAGUCUGGACCUGGAGAAGAAAGAGGGCCGAAUAGAUGACCUGCUGAGAGCUAAUUGUGACUUACGGAGACAGAUUGAUGAACAACAAAAGCUCCUGGAGAAAUACAAGGAGAGACUGAACAAGUGCAUAACCAUGAGCAAGAAGCUACUAAUGGAAAAGAGCACCCAGGAGAAGCAGUCAUGUCGUGAGAAGAGCAUGCGAGAUCGCCUCCGCCUCGGUCACUUCACCACCGUCCGACACGGCGCCUCCUACACAGAGCAGUGGACCGACGGACACGCGUUUCAAAACCUCAUCAAGCAGCAGGAGAGCAUCAACCAGCAGAGGGAGGACAUCGAGCGACAGAGGAAACUGCUUGCCAAGAGGAAGCCUCCAAACCCUGCAUCUCCCUCCCUCUCUGUGGCUUCCACUUCUGAGCCCAAGCAGCGCAAAACUAAGGUGGUCAAUGGCAACGACUCGGACCCCUUCCUCAAGCCCUCGCUGCCUCAGCUCCUGACACUUGCUGAAUACCAUGAGCAGGAAGAAAUCUUUAAGCUUCGCCUUGGACACUUAAAAAAGGAGGAAGCUGAGAUCCAGGCAGAGCUGGAGCGUUUGGAGCGGGUGAGGAACCUUCACAUCAGAGAGCUGAAGAGGAUAAACAAUGAGGACAGCUCAGCAUUUAAAGACCAUCCUACUCUGAAUGAGAGGUACCUGCUGCUGCACCUGCUGGGCAGAGGCGGCUUCAGUGAAGUCUACAAGGCUUUUGACCUGUUCGAACAGCGAUAUGCAGCGGUUAAAAUCCACCAGCUCAACAAGAACUGGAGAGAGGAGAAGAAGGAAAACUACCACAAGCAUGCAUGCAGGGAGUACCGGAUACACAAGCAGCUGGACCAUCCCAGAAUAGUCAAACUGUAUGACUAUUUCUCCUUGGAUACUGACACAUUCUGCACAGUCCUGGAGUUCUGUGAGGGAAACGACUUGGACUUCUACCUGAAGCAAAAUAAGCUGAUGCCAGAGAAAGAGGCCCGCUCUAUUGUCAUGCAGAUAGUCAGCGCUCUGCGUUACCUCAACGAAAUCAAACCUCCCAUCAUCCACUACGACCUUAAACCAGGUAACAUCUUGUUGGUGGACGGUACCGCGUGUGGCGAAAUUAAAAUCACAGACUUUGGUCUGUCCAAGAUCAUGGACGAUGAUAAUUAUGGUGUAGAUGGGAUGGACCUGACGUCGCAGGGGGCUGGUACCUACUGGUACCUCCCACCGGAGUGUUUUGUGGUGGGGAAGGAACCACCUAAGAUCUCGAACAAAGUGGACGUCUGGUCUGUGGGGGUGAUCUUCUUCCAAUGCCUCUAUGGGCGCAAGCCGUUUGGCCAUAAUCAGUCCCAGCAGGACAUCCUUCAGGAAAACACCAUCCUCAAAGCCACAGAGGUCCAGUUUCCAGCUAAACCCCAGGCCAGCACCGAGGCCAAGGCGUUUAUCCGCCGCUGUCUGGCGUACCGAAAGGAGGACCGAUAUGACGUUCACCAGCUGUGUUCCGACUCCUACCUUCUCCCUCACAUGAGACGUUCCAACUCCUCCGGCUCCCUGCAACCCUCUGCCUCAUCCCUCCCCCCCACCUACUGACUGGCCAGACUGAUGGGACCCUCAGGUCAAACUCCAGGCAGGAUCGUCUCAGUCGCAGGAUAAUGGAGGCCGGUGCUUUUUGCAUAUUUUUUCUCCCAAUCUAUUUUUGAAGUGGAUAAAGGAAAGGACAGAUCAAAUGGACAAAGGAGGAUGUUGCCUGUGAACUCGGCUCUGUGACUCGGCACUAAGCAUGACUUAGGACAAGAACAGAAACGGAUGGAAGCAAAAGAGUUUUGUUUAAAACAAGAAACGAAUGAAGCAAGCACUUUUGCUUCUGGACUUAUCCCAGCUGUGUAGGACCUCCCAGAGGCUCCGCCCACACCUGCUCCCUGUAGCUCCGCCCACACGCAUCAGCAUCCUGAUCAGGCCUCUGUUCCCUCGUGUUGCUCUGGACUACACAUGUCCAUUCUAAUAAGGCACAACAAUAAUGGUUGCAUGUCAUCAACCGUGCACGCUCCAGGGAACCAUUUAAACAUGACGUCAUAACCCUGAUAGAACUUGUUAGAUUUACCCUUCUAAUCUAGGUCUCGUUUAUCGUAGAUUCGACUCAACGCUCCGCCUUGUGGCCUAGUUCAAAUUUAAUGCAUUGCCUGUCUGCAGAAAGCAUUUGUGUUUCAGUCUUAAUGCUUUUUUUUUUUGUUCAGGUAUAAGUCUGAAUGUCUGAGGGCGGAUUGUUGCAAUGCAGUGUUGUAGAUGUCUUCGUCUACCCUUCUGAAGAGAACUGGACUCAACACAAGCUGAGAAAAGCCACUUACUGUUGUGCAGAACCCGUCAGAUGAUGCAUUGUACAUUUCAUGUUCAGGGGGCAUAACUUAAUGGAAGACAUAUUAUAACGAAGCUUUUCUCACUUUUUAGUUUGUUUUCAUUCUAACGCUGAUCUCAGUUCGCUGCUAUAAAUGUUGCUUUUAGUUUAACGUGAACGACUUUCAUCGUGCAUCAGUGCAUACUUGAACUGUGGUAACAGGAAGUUUCCAGAGCUCGUACAACGUGUUCUGCUGCAGCCGACACCCAACAUCUAUCUGCAUUUUCUUUGAGCGUAAAAGUCCAACAGACCUGAUGCAGAGGGAAGACCCAGUAUGCUGUUCAUAGCAGGGCUCGCGAGCACGCUCCAUGUUGGCUGACUUACUGCAUAAUUAACUUAAUCUGGAGGUCAAAUUGAUAUAUCAAAGUGUUUGUGUAAAUAAAACUUUUACCUGUA